AUGGACGCCGUGCUGUUGGAGCACUUCCCCGGGGGCCUGGACGCCUUCCCUGCUCCUUACUCCGACGAGGAGGACUUCUUCACGACCAGUCCUCCCGCACCUCUGGAGGACGGCGAUGAGCUGCUGGCGGACGAGCGCGAGGUGGAGUUCCUCAGCCACCAGCUGCACGAGUACUGCCACCGCGACGGCGCGUGCCUGCUGCUGCAGCCCGCGCCCUCGGCCGGCCCGCUCGCGCUCGGCGCCGCCUCGGGGGCCCGGGAGCCGGGGGACGGCGGCGGCUACUGCUGCGACGCGGGGCCCCCCGGCGGCUUCCCCUACUCGCCCGGCUCGCCGCCCUCCUGCCUGGCCUACCCGUGCGCGCGGGCGGCCGUGCUGUCCCCGGGCGCGGGCGGCCUGGGCGGCGCGGCGGCGCGGCGGCGCCGGCGGGUGCGCUCCGAGGCCGAGCUGCAGCAGCUGCGGCAGGCGGCCAACGUGCGCGAGCGGCGGCGCAUGCAGUCCAUCAACGACGCCUUCGAGGGGCUGCGCUCGCACAUCCCCACGCUGCCCUACGAGAAGCGCCUCUCCAAGGUGGACACGCUGCGCCUGGCCAUCGGCUACAUCAACUUCCUCAGCGAGCUCGUGCAGGCCGACCUGCCGCUGCGCGGCGGCGGCGCGGGCGGCUGCGGGGGGCCGGGAGGCGGCGGGCGCCUGGGCGGGGACAGCCCGGGCAGCCAGGCCCAGAAGGUCAUCAUCUGCCAUCGGGGCACCCGGUCACCCUCCCCCAGCGACCCGGAUUAUGGCCUCCCUCCGCUUGCAGGACACUCUCUCUCAUGGACUGAUGAGAAACAACUCAAAGAGCAAAAUAUUAUCCGGACAGCCAAAGUGUGGACCCCAGAGGACCCCAGAAAACUCAACAGCAAAUCUUCCUUCAGCAACAUAGAAAACGAACCGCCCUUCGAGUUUGUGUCCUAAGUCCCAGGCUGCGGCCCGACCGCGUCUCUGUGCAUGUUGUGCAUGUAAAUAUCUGUAAUGGGAAUGUAAUUUAAGAAUCAGAUUUUUCUAAUGGCAAUCAACUCUUUGUUAUUUAUCUAUUUAUUACCCUGUUAAUGAAAUAGGUGCUCUCUUUUUAAAUAUAUAAUUUAUAUAAUUUAUCCUGAUUUUCUGAAA